AUGAAUGAACAAAUCGCGAAGUACGAUCGGCUAGCGCGUUCAUUCGAAUCACAGCCACGGAAAGCAAAGGAUACACACGGACAAACACGUGUCUUGUCCCUAAAUAAUCUGACAAGGCCUUGGAAAUUAGACGAAGCAGCACCAUUCAAAGGCGUCGAAAUUCCUGAACUGCUGGUGCGCUUUAGCUUCAACGACACUGAGCCAUGCUAUCAGAACUUCGCACGCGUAUUUCGCUUUAUCUUCCAGCAGCUGACGGAGCCUCCUCAGCAAAUCCAAAAUUACGCUAUAAGGUAUCAUCGUAAGGCUGGGAGGGAAAAGCACCUGCAAAAUUUACCGGCCGCAGUGGAAGUGACACUCCAAGAUUUUGCUUUGGAUUUGAUCGGGUUAGGCGAUCCCCAGUUGAGGCUUGGAAAAAGAGCGGCAAAUGAAAGGACACGCUUCUACAUCGAGCUUGGCGAAAACGAAAAGGACCGCCAGAAGAAAUUAGACGAGUUGUUAGCCGAUUUUGAUUUAUACAAAUCCGAAAUACUAAAAGGGAUGCAGCUUGCCUUGAGGGAUAUCAGAUCUUACGAAUACGACAUGGAAAAAAAACAGUGGCUGUCACACGCGAAAAGAAGAAGAACAGCACCAGAAACUAACCCAGUGAUGGAACUCAGAGAACUGCAGAACCAAAACCAGGCAUACCUCGCAUUGUCGCUUGAGUAAGCUGUCGAAUCGAUUAAGAACACCUCUAACCACUUCCCGCAUGGACAUCUUCAUUUCUCCUCAAUGCCUUGAUCGUUCAUUUUGACUUUAUCUCGUUUAUCUGCAUCUUGUUCGUUGAUUUGCUGUUACCUCUUAUGUUGCAGUAUAGGUUGGCAAUUAAUGUAAGCUCAUUUCGUUCAUCUUUAUCUUGUUCGCUGUUGAGGUAUCGUUACGUGUACGUGUAUCAAGACACUCUAAAUGAUCUUUUGAGUUGAUUUCUUUCCUCUGUAUCUGUUCCUCGUUGAGUUAUUGUUAUGUGCCUUAUUGCAUUAU